UUUUCUCAUUUUAGAUAUAUUGAUGAUAUUUUCUUUACAUGGAAUGACUCACAAGAAGAACUCGAAAAAUUGUUAAACAAAUUGAAUUGUCAUCAUCCAAAUAUUAAAUUGGAAUAUAAAAUUGGUCAAUCUCUCCCAUUUCUUGACGUUCUUCUUACCAACAAUAAUGGUAUUCUUUCAACAUCGGUCUAUCAUAAACCAGCUGCUGAACCUUAUGUGGUACCCUUUGCAUCUGAUCAUCCUCGUCAUACAUUUCGAAAUAUUGUUCGAGCUGCUCUAAUACGUGCUAUACGGUAUUCAUCAACAUUCGAAGCAUUUAAUACGGAACGACGGAACAUACGAUUGACGUUAUUGUGUAACCGUUAUCCAUCAACAUAUAUUAACCGUGAAUUUCGAAAAUUUUUCGAUCAAUACAAUCUAUUCGAUUCAUAUUCUUCCAUCCUACCGAUGAUCGGCAAUGAAAGUCAAUUUAUUGCUAUAUAUAAUAAAAUUGCACCAACACCUACUACUAGACAAUCACAAGUGGCUUUCGAUAUAGCCUUCUCACAGAUUGAACGCUAUGAUGAUGACAACCAACAAAAACCAUUACCACAAAACCCGAUUCUCAAAAAAAAAGACAAAAACAAAAAGUUUAAACAAUGUCUCUUUCUACAUUACACAUACAAGAAUAGAUUGAGAUCUCUCAAGCGCGAUAUACGCGAAACCUAUCAAACUACUUUCCUACACACACCUGUCAGUCAUGUAAAGGUGAUAGUGGCAUCUCGAAAUAAUCCAAAAGCAAAAACAGAAUUAAUACGUCGAAAACGGCCACAUCCAUCAUACCGUCGACAUGAUUUCAAACCAAGUAAGUCAACACACUUCCCACCCCUGCUUAUCUACAAUAAUUUCACAAUAAUGCUAUAUUCCCUAGACUGAAAGGCUAGGGUCUAGAAACUGAAAUUCACCUGUGUCUGUCUGUCUGUCUGUCGGUAACGCGGUCAAAACGGCCAUUUUUUUGGCACAAACGACCGUUUUUUUGGCACAAAUAGCCAUUUUCCCCAAAACUAACUAGGUAACUAUGGUACAAAUGACCAUAUGGUUCAAAUGGCCAUAGUAACAAUGGUGCAAAUGACCAAAUAACAACUAUGGUCAAAAUGACCGUGGUAACUAUGGUACAAAUGACCAUUUGGUUAAAAUGUCCAUCGUAACUGUGGUCCAAAGGACUACUUAACAAUUAUGGUCAAAAUGACCAUGGUAACUGUGGUACAAAUGACCAAAUAAUAACUAUGGUGAAAAUCGCCAUAGUGAUUGUGGUACUAGUGAUGAUAGUAAAAAUAUAAUCAAAAAAUCGACUUGGUAAUUAUGGUACAAAUGAUCAUACGAUAAUAAAAAUUUAUUUUUAUUAAUAAUGUGAUAUAUAAAUAAACGAAAUAAAAUUCAGUUUUUUUGUGCAAACAGCGCCAAUAGAUAACUAAAAAUGAUAAAAAUACACUAAUAUUUAUUAUUUGAAAGAUGAAUAACGAUAUGGAUGCAAACAAAUCGUCACAUAAACGUACUUUCUUCUUUGGUACUCUAGAGGAACGAUUACAACAACUGGACAUGAUCUUAAGUAUGUAAUGCAAUCUCAGAGGAUAAAAAUUAUGAGUAAGAUUUUAUUAAGUCAGUAAUUUUUCCGAAAAGCUAUUUGAUUAUCCAUUUUGAUCAAUAUACUGAUAUAUUUGAAACUUGUUGAGAUUUAUAAAAAAAACUAUCUUUGCUCGAAGUUUAAAAGUGAUAUGAAGUUUUAUAUAAUUUCUGACGAAACUUUCAUGAAAGAAUAUAUCGAAAAAAAAAGUAAAUAGAAAUAUCUUAUGCUUAUUUUGCAGGUGAUUGGAAAUGCAUUCGUAAGAGUGAAGUAUAGGUAGACGAAGAUUUUUCAGAAUAUGUCACUCUUCUAAUAUAGCUAUAAUAUUGACGUCAAACUGGUUUGCUGAUGUACAUUUAACGUGUUUUUGUCCUGCAUUUUGCUCGUCAGAUGGCAUUGUAUUAUCCAUGAUUGUA